AUGGAUAAAAACUCAGACAUCUUUGUUAAAAAACAAUGGUUCAUUAAAUCUAACCUAGGAAAGUUAGAGGAUUUUUAUGAGUUCGAUACAAGAAAGAUUUUAGGAAGUGGUACAUACGGAAAUGUUUAUAAGGCUAAAAAGAAAGACUCUAAGAUCGUUAGGGCCGUCAAGCAAAUUCCUAAGAGCAAGGUUAAGAAUGCAGAACGUUUUAAAAGAGAAAUCGAGAUCAUGAGAACUUUGGAUCACCCUAAUAUCAUUAAGCUUUACGAGACAUUCGAAGAUGAAAGAAACAUUUACUUAGUUAUGGAAGUUUGUGAAGGUGGUGAACUAUUUGAUAGAAUUAUAGAAAAAGGUCGCUUCACAGAAAUUGAAGCCAGAAGCAUUUUCUCUUAAAUUAUGUAAGCUAUUAACUACUGUCACAAUAAUGGAAUAGCUCAUAGAGAUUUAAAGCCAGAAAACUUCCUUUUCCUGACAAAGCACGAUGAUUCUCCCAUUAAAGUUAUAGACUUUGGUCUCUCUAAAAACUUUGAUAAUAAACAAGCUAUGAAGACAAAAGCCGGAACACCAUACUACAUCUCACCAGAAGUUUUAGAGGGAAAUUAUGAUGAAUCUUGUGAUAUUUGGUCAGCUGGUGUUAUCCUAUAUAUUUUAUUAUCCGGAGUACCACCUUUCUUUGGUGAUGACGAUUCAGAAAUUCUAGCUUCUGUCAAAAAAGGAUUCUAUACAUUUGACAUUCCAGAAUUCGAAGGAAUUUCAAACAGUGCUAAGGAUUUGAUAUAAAAUAUGGUUACUAAACCAGAAAAGAGAUUCAAGGCUGACUAAGUACUUUCUCAUCCUUGGAUGAAAGAAGAUAUCAAACAAAAAAAUAAAUAGCUUCCUUUAAAUUUCAAUGCUCUUAAAAACUUUACUUAGCAUCACAAGCUAAAAAAAGUUGCAUUAAGUUUUAUAGCUUCCUAAUUAUCUGAAAAUGAAAUUUCUGAUCUAGGUAAAUUAUUCAGAUAAUUAGAUAAAAAUGGUGAUGGAACACUCACUGUCGAUGAAAUACGUGAAGGUUUAGCAGGCACAAACGAUAAAAAUAUAGAAGAAGUCAGAAAAGUUAUUUCAAGUAUUGAUACAGAUGGUAGUGGCAAAAUUGACUAUACAGAGUUUUUAGCAGCAACUAUGGAAAAGAGCUUAUAUAUGAAGGAAGAUAAAUUACACUAAGCUUUUAAGAUGUUAGAUAUUGAUGGAAAUGGAAAAAUAUCAAAGGAAGAAUUAAAGCAAAUUUUAGGAAAGGAAUUAGGUAAAUACGAUGAAGCUUAUUGGGAUAAUAUGAUCAAGGAAGUUGACAAAAAUGGUGAUGGAGAGAUCGAUUAUAAUGAAUUUAUAGACAUGAUGAAUACUAUUUCUUUUAGAAAAUGA